UGUAGAGGCUUGCCUUUCCUGUUGUGCUUCAUGAUAAAGACAGCGGUGUGCUUUUCUUCCCGCGUGGAACGAAACCAGUUUUUGGUAGUCAGUUAGACUCUAGAACUAAUUUCACAAGUUAUAACCAAUUUAGGAACGUGCUGAGACUCAGAAAUGGCAGCAACUCAAAGAACGCAAACAGAACUUCAGAUGAAAGCCAAAAAAGCUUUACAGACAGCAGUUGAUCCUGUUGAAAGAUUGCGUCUCGCUUGUUUAACAAGAGGCGCAAAUGGAAUUAAAGGCCUUGCAAGAACUUUCAAAAUUAUGGAUGAUGAUGAAAACAGAUCUUUAGAUAAAAAGGAAUUUGCCAAAGGUUUACACGAUUAUGGUGUCACAGAGUUUGACAAAGCUCAAAUUGAUGAACUUUUUAAUAUAUUUGACAAAGACAAAAGUGGAUCCAUUGACUUUGAUGAGUUCUUAGUUAGACUGAGGCCUGCAAUGUCCCAGAGCCGCAAAACCUUGAUUUAUCAAGCUUUCAAAAAAUUAGACAGAACAGGGGAUGGAGUGGUGACAAUAGAAGAUUUAAAAGGUGUCUACAAUGCUAAAAAACAUCCAAAGUACCUUAGUGGUGAAUGGACAGAGGAGCAGGUUUUUCGACUUUUUCUUGAUUCAUUUGAUAGUGACGACAAGGAUGGAAGGGUAACACAGGAAGAGUUUGAGAAUUACUACACGGGUGUGAGCGCUUCCAUUGAUAGCGAUGCAUAUUUUGACCUAAUGAUGCGAAAUGCAUGGAAAUUGUAGCUGUUAACUUAUUUAUAUCAUGUUAAUAUUAGUUAUUUUUAUCUUUAUGAAAUCCAUGCAUAAUGUCAGGUGUAAUCAAAUUGUAUUUACACUUGCCAGAUUUAUUCUCUGGCAACUAUUUCUGUAAGCACUUCUCUGACAGCAGCUGAUGUUUCAACAUAAGAUGCCUUACAUAUCUUUUUCAAGAUUUCUUCUUGUCGAAUAUUUUCCUUUCACUUCUCAAUUGCUCUUUUUUUUUUUUACAACAUAUGUUUGUCUACCAUCAGGAUUUCAGCCAUUUUCUUUUAAUUAGGCAAUAUUUGUUUUGUUCUUCCCAAUUAAAAUGGUGGAGAUACCUUUAUAUUUCCUUUCACUUGUCAAUAGCUCUUUUUUUUUUUUAUAGUUUUGUCUAACAUCAGGAUUUUAGCCAUUUUUUUACUUAGGAAAUAUUUGUUUUGUUUCUUCCCAAAUGAGGUGAUAAUUUUAUUUCAUGCAAGUCUUUAACAUUGUGAAUACAUUCAUUAGGAGUAUCUGUUUUUAAAGUAUGAUUGAUUCAUACACAAAAUUUUUUAUCUUAAGAUUGGACUUCUCACAUGGCUUUCAUAUCUUUGCUCAAUUAUUAUCCUAGCAUAGCUUCAGUCCAGUUUUGAUGAACAUUUUGCUUACAGGGUUCUAACACAAUAAGCUGUUUCAUUUCUUUGUUUCUUCAUCUGGCAGUAUCUUUGGCUCCAGUUUUAGAUCUGAAAACACUUUCAUAAUUUGGUGUUGUUGUAUGAAAUUUUUAGGAAUAUAGUUUUUUCUUUGGUUUGUUUUGGGUUAUUGUAGAUCCUUAUAUGAUGUCUGUAGACACAUUUUGUAUUUGGUGUUACAUUGUUAACUUCAAAUACAAAAUCUAUUAUUUUAUAGCUGUUGUCAAUCUAUAGCAGGGGUCUCCAAACUUUUCAGUCCGAGGGCCGCAUUAACUAUCAAAUUUCAGUUCGAGAGCCAGUUUAUUCCAGGCAUGUCUUUGAUUUUUCUGAGCAAAGUUUCUCAGCCAUCACCAACAAACGAUUUUUCCUUGAACAAAAAGAUCUCCGCGGGCCGGAUGUGAGGACCUCGCGGGCCGCAUCCGGCCCGCGGGCCGUAGUUUGGAGACCCCUGAUCUAUAGUAUAAGUUUCAUAACUGUUUUAAUAGAAAAAUAUAAAAAAUUCUUAGUAAUUAUUAUAUUUAAAACAAACAGAUUCAGUUAUAAAUAUCAAGCUUGGAUAAAAAAAACUUGUGUAAUUACUUUUCAAAUCAAAAUGUAAAGAAAUGAAAUGUCUCAACUAUAUAUUAUUUGUUGUUUUUUUCUUUUCAAAUUUUGUUUUAAGCUUAUAAUUUAAGAAGCUUUUUUUCUUUAUACAUUAAACAGAGUUUUAAAUUUAUACAUUACAUUUUAGGCAAAUAGUGUUUUAGAAUGAGCUUUCAUUUACUAAUUAAUAUAGUUAAUACAACAUAGCAGCAAUGCAUGUUUAUUUUUUAAUACAUGUAUUACAUUUACAAAUAAAUAUUACUGUUAUACACUAGUAAAA